AUGGACGAGUUUGAGUACCAGUUCACUUUGCUUGCCAAAGAGAAUGGAUGGGUAAUUCCUGAAGACGAAUCGUCUGAUUUUUCCGACGAUGAAGAAGAAGUACUCGAAGAGAUUAGAGCGCUUAGAAAGGAAAGAGAUGGCUGCCUCAGAGAAAAUAAGGAACAAUGGUAUGGCGAAGGGAAACACUUGUCCAAUACCUCAAAAUACAAACCCACGUUGGAAACUUUUCCAGGAAUAAUGCAAUCAAGAACAACCAUGAAAUAUAAACCCAAACUUCAAACCAUUCUAGAAGACAAUGAAGAAGAUUUGCCUGAAGAUCAACCAUUGGAUUUAAAACCUUGGAACGAAGAUUACUCAUCUUUCAAAAGAAAACGGGAUGAUGGAGUCUAUGAAGGGCGUGAACAGAUGCCAUCCCGAAAACGAAAACUUGAAAACGGAGCCGAGGAAUACUUCGACGAACCAGAUUGGGCUCAUGAAAUUUUGUUUCCAAUGACUGAUAGUAAAACAACUCCUGAUGAAAGAAACAAUAUGAAUGAAAAUUUUUUCAAUUCAAUGAAUCCUACGUUCUUGUCGAAAAUGGGAAACAUGUUUAUAGAAGAAUAUCCAGAAAAAGUGUACUGGUUCAUCGUGUUUCUGUUCAGCACCGGUGUUCUUGGAGACGAAAAUGUGAAAAACCACCGGUUGGAGCGACGCCAAGACAACAGCUUUCUUUUUGGCGGCUGGAGACCGAUAAGACCGAAAAAUCCUUACCUCCACGGUUCAGCAACAGGUCGCUAUCAUGACUUAUUGUCUGCACUUCCAGACAGUCUAGAUACUUCCUCGAGCUACUACACUCACGCCCUACCGAAGGUUUACAACAAAGACAUUUACAAUUACUAUCCGAGACCAGCUAUUAAACCUAAACCUAAGAAAAAUACACCUAUCUACAUGGAAGUGUUGAAGCCUCAGCAGCAAAAGAACGGUGGCAGAGGAUACGCGAAUGGUGCACCGCAACUCAUUGACAUUCAGAACAUUGAUCUAGGUCAGAUUCGAUCUUUGCAAGAAGCUAUCCUCAAAGCAAAGGAUCAACUCCCUCUGUCUCACUUAACGAACAUACCGAUUGAGCCCGGAAAGCAGUUCGAAAUUAUUGAAGUGUCUCUCCAAGAUUUGCAGCAAAGCGGUCACCAGCCUGCUGUAGGAAAUAUCGGUUAUGGAAGCAGACUUGGAGGUGGAUCCAGGAGCAAUAAAGGGAAAGGAGGAUAUGGUAGGGUUCCUCAGAGUUUUUUACCCGCUCAGUUGCCUUUGCAAUACCAAUACGUUAAAGUUCCAAAAUUUCCCCUCCAGGUACCUCAUUCCAUUCCUUCGCUAGAAGAAGUUGUUGGUAUCAAAGAUAUUCAGAUUGUUGAAGUUCCUGUACCCGCACCUUUGUCUUACGGAUCCAGUAAAGGAAAGCAAUCGCAAUAUGGAAAAAGAAGAAAUCGCCCAAGUCAGCUGCAAUACCGAGUGCCCACUGCUAAGAAUCCAAGUUUUCCAGUGAGCUCCUAUCCACGAUUAGAGCAAUCUCAGAAAUAUUUUCCUCUUCCUCAGCAACCAAAAUCCAACUAUGUCGAGAAAGAGCAACAGGUGAUACAGCCACAAGUAGAAGCUGAGAUUGUAAAACUGUCCGAGCAUGAAAUCAACCAUCUUUUAAAGAAUCUCCAAGUUCUAGACAAAAACUCUCAUGAUCUUUUGAAGUAUCUUCCAGUAAAUGGUGGGCAGAAAGGCAACGGAGAAGAUCUUCAUUUGAUCGUGGCUUUACCACAAACAGAAAAUCAAGGUUCUGAAAAAACUGCUUAUGAUGUUCAGGCAUACCAAUCUCAACCAGCGAAAGGCAACUAUGGAAAGAAGAUACAAUAUGAUUCCAAGUCCUAUGCAACGCCAAGUUUCGCCACUAUCAGCCAAAAUUCUGGUGGCUACAAACUAGGAAAUAAUGAACAAGUUGAGCACAAUGCAGCAGGCUAUCAGAUUGAAGAUCAAGGACGAACAAAUGGACACCAGCAGCCAUCUUACGGUCAAAAUGAUUACGGAUCUUCAAGUUACGGUGGUAAAUCUCAAAAGGGUGGCUACGCAGCUGUUAAUCAGGGAUAUUCUCAAGCUGCGUAUGAAGCACAAGACGAACACCAACAAGCUGGAUACGGACAAGAAAGGCAACAAGCCGGAUAUGGACAAGGACACCAGCAAGCUGGAUAUGGACAAGAUGGACACCAACAAGCUGGAUACGGACAGGAUGGACACCAACAAGCUGGGUACGGACAAGAUGGACACCAACAAGCUGGGUACGGACAAGAUGGACACCAACAAGCUGGGUACGGACAGGAUGGAGACCAACAAGCUGGAUACGGACAAGACGGACAGCAACAAUACAUCCAGGUUCUGACGCCACAUACAGGUGCGAGUGACUACAGGAGAGAACCGGUAUUGGCCUUAGAAAUUAAGCAUGGACAGUCAGUGGAAGAAGCAAUCCAAACAUUAGAUCCUGAAACUUUGCAAAAACUGGGGGCUCACGGAAAAGAAGGUUUAGAAAUAGAAGUUGUUGAAAUACCUCUCGAUGAGUAUUCUUCAGAGUCUAAAAAGGUUGAAACGAUUGUAUCCAGUGACAACAGCACGGUUACAGCCAAACCGACGACGACGACGAAGAAACCGGAAAAGAAAGCAUGA